CAGAGGAGCGCCGCCCGCCGCCCGCCGCCCGCUGCCCUCUCCCCCGCCACUAUGUCUACGCCCGACGGCCGUAACAGGAGGUCCGUCACGCCACCUUCUGCUGAUGAAGAGCUGGGUGUUGAGUUUAAGGAUGAGGAAUUUCCGACUCUGCAAAAGAGUCUGGGGAAAGUACGUUCCCCGGGAAGUAACAGGCCUUCUCCUCAGCGAGGUGUCCGUAUCAGCCCUCCCCAACAAGUUCCUGCUCAGCCCCUCACGCCCGAUGAAAGAAGGCAGCGCCAGUUCAUGGAUGUACUUUUGAACUGCAAUAAGAAGGGAAACAAAAGCUUGUAUCAGAUCAAGGCUCUUGCUAUAGUUCCUUCCAAAGAUUACACUUUCCACGUCCAAUUUGAGCAUGUUCUUGAGAGGGGUUAUUUCGACUUGGCAAUUUGGAUCGUGGAAAGUCUCUCAUCUCGCCUAGGUGUGAAUUUGCUGAGGCUGACGCUAGCAGAUUUCCUGGAGGCGGAACUUCCGGGUCAGAUUCCCCGAGUGAGGGAGGAUAUCUUCUUGAUGUUCGUGGGUACUCCAACAUCCAUGAAGCCAUGGUCUCAGUUCUCAUCAGAAGAUGUGGUGCAAUUGGAUAGCACCGUGCUGGGAAACACAAAUCAGCUUGUGAAAGUUGUGUACUUGGGUCGCCUGGUAUACUUUGCUGGCACUGAUUAUCUCUAUGAGGAGUGGAAUGCUGGAAAAAGCUGGGGCGGGAAGUUUGAAGCCAAGCAUAUUCACUUUCUGGAGUACAGAGAUGGUAGGGUAGUAUGCAGAAUCAGUGCUACUCCUACUGCCACAGGAAAGGGUUGUACCUCAACAAACAAGGCACUUGAUCUUCAGAAGCUGGUGGCAGAGCUUAUCGCGAAGUACAAAAUCGGUGAUCAGUUGCCUGCAAAUUUUGAAGCGCUGAAGCGUGACUUUGAGGCUUUAAAUGGUACCUCCAUCUCGACAACACCCGUUUUACAGUAUCUGCCAUAUCACGUGGCUAUGAUGCCGCUUGCUGCAACUGAGUUUCUGACCACAAAGCUUCAUACUGUUCUUCAAAGUGUCCGGAUGUCUGCGGCAGAGUUCACCGUGUACAGGAUUGUGUUUCUUGCACAACCAAAUGGUGAACUUGAUUGGAGGAUUGAGUAUUUCGACUCGCCUGACCAAGUUCUUAGGGGGGUGUAUCGACAUGAUAGGAGGGGUACGGUACCUGGUGUGCAGAGACCGGGUCAAGUGAGGGAAGAUCCAGCAGGUAUUGAGAAGUUCAGGCAGACUAGAGAAGGUAAACUGGGCUACAAACGGCAUAUUAAUAUGCACGUGCAUCAGCAUCUGCCUGGCAGCACUCCAGGGCAGCAAAGGACCCUAACAGAUGUGUUCGAGGCUGAGCUGUUUUCCUCAAACAAGAAUGAUAUCCUUGCUGAGAUUUCAAGUGAGCUCUUCCGUGGUGAGGACGAACAGAUGAGGCUGGCCUCCAAGCUUGGCAUCAUCUAUGAGUCGUACCGGGCGAUGAGGUACAUUGAGGACAAUGUUGCUGCUGCUGGUGCUGAUGCUGGAACAGUAUGAUUGCGAGAAGAGGCAUGACGUAGAACGUAGUGGGCGUAGGUAGUUGGUUGUAAUGGUAUGUCCAUGUCUUCGGUGGAGAGGAUGAGACUGACAGAGGGCCUUAAUUUGUUCUUCUUGUAGUAACUAAGCUGGAUCCUGGAGGAUGUGCAUGCUAUGCACACAGCUGGUGGUCAGUUGUUGAUUUUGGUGUGCGAUGCUGUGGGUGUUUGAUGUCUUGAAUGGUAGCGCCGUGUCCCAUGUCUUAUUUUGCUGCCACUGUAGUAACUUGUGGAUCCUGGAACCUGGAUGAUGUGAAUGUUUGCACAAAUGUUAUGUACACAGUUGGUGACUGGUUGA